AUGGGGAGAAAGGAUACUGGGCUCAUGAACAAAUAUGUUUAUGAUGCCUUUUUAUGGACGUUUUCUAUCCUGGUGGAGCUCUUCUUCCGCGAGGUGCACCCCCGCAGCUCAUGGAAGGUGCCUAAGGAAGGCCCGGUUCUGUUCGUGUGCGCUCCGCACGCGAACCAGUUCGUGGACCCCCUGAUUUUGAUGCGGUGCGUAAAGAAAGAAACCGACCGCCGAAUCCAUUUCCUGAUCGCCGAAAAAUCGAUGAAGAGACGCUUCAUAGGCGCAAUGGCUGGCUUGACGGGCGCCGUCUCUGUGGGACGAGCCAUGGACUCGACGAAACCCGCGAAGGGCAAGAUAUACCUCCCCGACCCGGUCAACGAUCCAUGCCUGCUCCGCGGUGUAGGCACUACUUUCCAGGAGCCCCCAUUCCAGGUCGGCGGCACUCUAUAUCUCCCUAAGGUCAACGAAGCUUCGGCGAAUGCAGAGAUUCAGGAGAUUAUCAACAAUGAAGAGAUUCGGCUCAAGCGACCCUUCAAGGGAGGUGUCGCGAUGCAGCAGUUGACUGGGAGGAACGACAUGACUGAGGCUGGAUCGUUUGUAGCUGGAGCUAGGGAGAAGAGCGGGACGGCCCCUGAUUUCGAAGGAAGUGAUUUCCAAGUCGCGCCCAAACUCAAUCAGAAAGAGGUUUAUGACAAGGUACACGCUGUGCUACAUGCCGGCGGCAGCAUUGGAAUCUUCCCCGAGGGUGGUAGUCACGAUCGGACAACUUUGUUGCCUCUGAAAGCUGGUGUUGCCAUCAUGGCGCUUGGUACCGUUGCGGAGAAGCGUGACUGCAAUCUCAAGAUCAUUCCAGUGGGCAUGAACUAUUUCCAUGCACAUAAAUUCCGCUCACGGGCGGUUAUUGAAUUCGGUACAGCACUGGAUGUUCCGUUGGACCUCGUGGACAAGUACACUGGAGAUGGCCGAAGGGAGGCUAUCGGGACCAUGCUUGAAAUGGUCCGCGAAUCUCUCGAGACCGUGACCGUGACCGCGCCUGACUAUGAAACCCUUUUGUUGAUCCAAACCGUCCGCAGACUUUACAACCCCAAAGGCACCAAAUUGCCGUUACCCAGGAUUGUUGAAUUGAACCGCCGACUUGUGAAAGGUUAUGAACGAUAUAAGGAUGACCCACGCAUUGUCUCCCUCAAAGAUGCUGUCGUAGCCUACAACAAGCGCCUCUACGCCGUUGGUAUCCGGGACCACCAAGUCCAAUAUGGGAAAUAUCCUCUUCACUAUAUCUUCUUCCUCUUCUGGUGGAGAGUGAUCAAGAUUGUUACUCUGUCGAUCUUUGUGAUUCCUGGAACACUACUCUUCUCCCUAGUUUUCAUCUUCACGAAGUUGAUCUCCAUCAAGAAGGCCAAGGAAGCGCUCGCGGCGUCCAACGUUAAGGUUCAGGCUCGUGAUGUCAUGGCCACAUGGAAAUUGCUCGUUGCUCUCGUGGUAGCGCCUUUGUCAUACACAUUCCACAUCGUCUGGGUCACAAUCUUUUACCGUUACGGCUGGUUCGAGUGGGCGGUCCGACCCGGAAUUCCCCUGAAAUGGCUCAUCCUGGCGCAAAUGAUCAUCUACCCGACCGUGACAUACGCUGCACUCCGCUUCGGCGAGGUCGGCAUGGACAUCGUCAAGUCACUCGGGCCACUUAUCAAGAUGAUGGACCCGUCCUCAAGCAACGAAAUGGUCAGACUACAAGAACGCCGCGAAGAACUCUCGAAAGCCGUAAACGAAAUCAUCAACACACUCGGACCCGAAAUGUUCGACGACUUCGACUCCAAGCGCAUCGUCCACGACCCCUUCACGCACUCGCCUCCCCAAACCCCCGGCGGCACGCGCCGAAAGAGCCUCGACGACUCUGCCGUGUCCCCCUCGAGCGAGCGUCCCCCCUCCAGCCACCUCCCCCGCAACGAAUCCUUCCACGACAUCGCCAACCAAGACCUCUUCUCCACCCGCCCGUCCACGCCCAAGAAAAGCCGCAGCCGCAACGGAUCGCUCGGUGGCUUCCAGCUCAAGGCGUUCAGCACGCUGGACGGCAAGGACAGCCUUGACGAGGUGUCGAAGAAGAUCCGCGGCGCGAUGAGGGAGCGCGGAAGGAGAAGGAGCAGCGGCGGGGCCGACGGCUGGGACGGUGCGAGCAGUGGUGCUACGACGCCGACUACGGGUAGCGAGGACCAUGAUUUCCCAGAGGGUCUCACCAUGACGAAGAAAAAUAAAUAG